AACUGAGAGUUGUGUGUGUGUAUAGGGAUACCGAUGGGAGUAACGGUCAAGUCAUCAGUCAACAUCGGAUUGAAAACAGGGUACUCUGUUUUGGUCACCGUAGCAGCCGGUUUCGUCGGAAUCCACAUCAGCGCCGCCUUGAGAUGCCGUGGUGACUACGUUUUAGGGUUAGACAAUUUUAACAGUUAUUACGAUCCUACCCUCAAAAGGGCUCGUCAACAUGUGUGGAAAAAAAGUGGGAUUUUCAUUGUGGAAGGGCACAUAAAGGACACCGGUUUGCUGAACAAACUCUUUGAGUAUGCAAAAAUGCAAAUCCACAGCCUGCAAUUGUUUGGGUAUCUUCUAGUUCUGUUUAUGGGUUGAAUACAGAAGUACCC